CUUCAUCUCCAGCCCCAGUCCAGGAACAACAUCUGAAAAACGCUAUUCUAACAUGGACCUGUCCUUUAUGGCAGCGCAGAUCCCGGUGAUGACGGGGGCGUUCAUGGACUCCUCUCCCACAGACGACUACAGCACAGACCAGUCCCUGUUUAACUCAUCGGUCAGUGUGUGCACACCCUCCAUGUCGGUUGUGAGUCAGGCUGAGGAGCCCCGGUCCAGGCUCAGAGACGCCCUCUGGCUGUGGAUCGCCAUCACUGCCACCAUCGGGAACAUCGUGGUGGUGGGUGUGGUCUACGCCUUCACCUGCUGA